UGAUUUCAUUUUAUGAGUGUGCUGUGAACACGGAGAUUGUCUGCUGGUCCGCUUUGAAAACGCCUCAAUUGCAGAAUCAGCAGCAUAACUGUAUGCGCUCCUGAAUCGACUACAGCAAAAGGCACGGUCAAAGAAGAAGCCAAAUAUGGAUCCUGAGCAGAACCAGGAGGUGUUGGACCACACCGCAGAGUCUCAAGAGCAUCAGGGCGCAGACUCCCCAAUGGAGUCUAAAGAGACUGAAGAAUCACCAAUCAAUGGGCAAGAAACAAAUACUGAAGAGCAUUCACCAAAGAUAAUACCUGAACCUUUGGAAUCUCCUCAGAAGAUUCCAGAGACAUCUACAGAAGUUGUGCCUAUACCAGAGAAUUCUCCAGUAAAACAACCAGAACCAGAGAGCACAACAGUGAAGGUCUCGGAGCCAGCUGCAGCAUGGCAUGCAGAACCAGAAAACAUCCAGAACCCAGAGCCUGAAAAGCAGCCAAUGCCGGAGAAAACACCAGAGCCUCUGACUUUACAGGACCCUCUGGCAGAGAAAAACAUUGAAACUGAGCCAGAGAAAAUGGCAGUACUAGUCCCAGAGGCUGUUCAUUUGUCUGAGCAGGCAGAGUCAGAGCCUGUCAAACAGCUGGAGUCUGAGGGAGUGAAACUCUUCGAACAACAAGAGAAAAAGCCUGAAGCGCCUGAGAUGCAGACAGAAUCAGAAAUUUUGGAGGAGGCGCCAAAGAUGCAAGAAGAGCCUCAACCCAUAAAAGUGGAGGCAGAAAAACAGGCCAAAGCUGAAACUGUACAAGAACCAGAGUCCGAAAAACCAGUUACAGCUGUGGGGGAAGUGGAACAAGAGAAACCAGUUGAAGUUGAGAUUGUGAAGGUUGAUGCAGAGAAACCAGCUGAAGCUGACAUUGUGAAGAAGGUUGAUGCAGAGAAACCAGCUGAAGCUGACAUUGUGAAGAAGGUUGAUGCAGAAGUGGAAACUCUAAAAGAACAAAAGCCAGAGAUAAUGGAUGUUGAAGCUGUGCUGGAAAAGAAACUGGUAGAUGCAGAAACUGUAAAGGAGGUAGAAUCAAAGAAACAUGCAGAAGAGGUGAAGCAACAGGAGAAGGCAGAAGAUGUCAAGCCGGAGGAACAGGUUCCCGUUCCUGGCACCAUGGCUUUCGCCAUACUGGAGCAUGAGCAAACCAAAGCCACCCUUCGAAACGCUCGCACUCUCGUCAUCCUCCGAGGUCUUCCAGGCAGCGGCAAGAGCCUUUUGGCACGUACUAUUGCAGAUCACUACCAGGAUAUUUGCACUGUCUGCUGUGCUGAUGACCAUGGUGUGAAACCGGAGUGCUCCGGUGCAUCUGCAGAAGGUUACAAGGCCUUUGAUGACGCUCUGGUUGCCUGCUGCAGCGUUGGAACGUCUCAACUGAUUGUCGUGGAUGACACCAAUCACACACACGAUCGGCUGGCCCUCUUGGCGGACGUCGCAGAGCAGCACCGGCUGGUAGCCAUGUUCCUAGAGCCCCGAACUGAGUGGAGCAGGGACUUGUCACAGCUGGCCAAGAAAACUCAGCGCGGUCUAGAGGAAGCCCAGAUCCAAGCCAUGAAAGUUCCACUUGAAGAAACAUCAAUUCCCCUUUUCUUUGGUUGGUUCCUUCUCUCCGGAGUCCAGGACAAGGUCAGGUGCACGUCCAUGGAUUUCCUGAAGACACUGGACACACUCGAGGCCUUCAAGAAACACUUGACUGACUUCACUGGUGAGGCUGAGAAGGAGGUGGACCUGGAGCAGUAUUUCUCAGCCAACAGUGCUCUUCAUUGUACGACCAAAUACUGCGACUAUGGCAAGGCUGAGGGAGCCAAGGAAUACGCAGAACAUGCAGCUGUUAAAGAGCUGUACGGCUCUGUGUUCGAGCUGUCCCUCAGUGCCCUCUUCGUCACACCUCGCACUGUGGGUGCUCGUGUGUCACUCACUGAGGACCAGCUGACCCUGUGGCCUUCCGACGCUGAGAAAGAGGCCGAGUCUGUGGUCCCGGCAGCCGCCACCCUGCCCCCUGGCAGCCGCGCCCAUGUGACCCUGGGCUGUGCUGACGGUGUUGAGAUGGUGCAGACGGGCUUUGACCUGCUGGAGAUCCUAGCCCUGAAGCAAGAGGGUCAGGAGGGAGAGUUGGUGGAGGAGAUGGAGCUGGGUUCCCUGGCCUACUACGGUAAGGGGAGGUGGCUGCUCAGUCUGAGGGAGCCCAUCUCUGCCCAAGCCUGCUUCUCUAGCCUCUACGGGCCCAAGAAGGUGGAUGCCAAGAAAGAUGGAGACAAGAAGAAGAAGCCAAAGUGUACCAUUCUCUAAAGGAGAUGUGGGGGAUGGUGGUGUUUGUCUCUGGAGUAGUGGCAUACUAGUGUUCUUAUUUUUCUGUGGGGAGGUUUGUGUGUUUGUGCUACUUUUGGGGUUUGGAAGGUGUCUUGAAUUUCUCACCCUGAAAAUCCACAAACUGUGUGCCUUUCUCUAUUGCUUUGCUGCACAACCCAAGAGGCCUUUAAACCACAGUUAGGUCAAGCUUAGCGUUUUGUUCAGUGUUUCAGGCAUUUCGGUGUCAUCGCUGCAACUAGAUAGGUUUUUCCCUAUAGACAGGGCCUGAUGUCAUGGCUUAGUUGCAGUUUAGACAAAGGUAGUACUGCUUUUCCCCAUUUAUGACCACUAAUUUCCCUACUCAGUUCAUUUCUAACACUAUAUACACAACCUGUCCAUCAUAUGUCAGUGUUCUUGAGCAUUUAGCUUAAGUAUUCAUUUCUUCAUUCAGUGUGAGUGGCUCAUAGUGUUUUCAUUGCAUGCAAGACUUAGUCAUUAACAUCUGCAAAAUACAAAAAAAAAAACAGUUGCAUAUGUAGUUGUGAUUUCUUGUGACACUGAUCAUUUCCUUAGUUACUGGUUGUUAACCAGCUAUGUCGUGUUUGAUCAUCUGUCUGUGUGUGUAUUCGGGACAAGAUGUCAAUGGGGGGGGGGAUUAUGUAGCUCAUGGGCCAAAAAGUGUGUCUUUAUGCUUGAUUCGAUGUUUGACUGUGAAUGUCCUUUAUGGAGGUCCUUCCUGGUGAACUCUUUUUGCAGUGCUGCAGAAAUCAAAGGGAGAAUGCUGAUGAAUGUGCAAUUUGUUUCAUUAGCUGGCACUUACUUGGUACUUAUGAAAUGCUGUGAAACCAAGGCCACAAAUUUGCAAUCUUCUGUAGUCUGAGAGACUGCAGCCUGGAACCUGGGAUAUCCUUUUUUCUGUCUCAAGCGCACGUAGUUUUUACAUGUCAACUUGUAUUCACUGUCAUGACUGAUGUGUAGAUGUCUUAGGGCAGUGCCAUACUCACUAUUUUUGCACUUGUUUUGUACACUUAUUAAAUGAAUUUGCUUCGCUCAAAA